GCCCCCCUCCGGCCCCUGCAACAACAUGGCGGAGACAAUGAGAGCGGCCGAGAGGCGCCAAAUGUGAUCCGUGCUCGGCUCGGAGCUCCCGGUGUGAGGAAUUCGCGUUACUCGGCUUCUUCUGAAUAAUGCGUCACGUCGUUUCUCCACCGUCUGUUAAUAUUGGUUUUCGGUGACCCGGAACUUGUCCUCUGUGUCAUUUUACCCGUCAGCAGGAGGGGCACAUCAGACCGGGGAGCAGCAAUAAGGGGGGGAGCAUUCCUUACUAAUCCUUUCCUGGCCCCCUCAUUCCAUCAUUAACCCUCACUCCCCUUUUGUUUCCUGAUCCUUCUGGGGGGGCUCACCCCAACCCCGCAGGGGGCACCAUGAAGUUAACGGACAAUGUGUUACGCAGUUUCCGUGUGGCCAAAGUUUUCCGGGAGAAUUCGGAUAAGAUCAACUGCUUUGACUUCAGUCCGACCGGGGAGACGGUGAUUUCCAGCAGUGACGACGACUCCAUAGUGCUGUAUGACUGUCAGGAAGGAAAACCUAAGAGGACGUUAUACAGCAAGAAGUAUGGCGUGGAUCUCAUCCGAUACACACAUGCCGCCAACACCGUGGUCUACAGUUCUAACAAGAUAGACGAUACAAUUCGGUACUUGUCACUUCAUGAUAACAAGUACAUCCGGUAUUUUCCAGGCCACAGCAAAAGGGUUGUGGCCUUGUCAAUGUCUCCUGUGGAUGACGCCUUUAUUUCUGGAUCCUUGGAUAAAACAAUCAGGCUAUGGGACCUUCGCUCUCCAAAUUGUCAGGGUCUGAUGCACCUGCAGGGGAAGCCGGUGUGCUCGUUUGACCCAGAGGGUUUAAUUUUUGCAGCAGGGGUGAAUUCUGAGAUGGUGAAGCUUUAUGAUCUGCGCUCUUUUGAUAAGGGUCCAUUCGCCACAUUUAAGAUGAAUUAUGACCGAACCUGUGAGUGGACAUCACUCAAAUUCAGCAACGAUGGUAAAUUAAUACUACUGGCCACCAACGGUGGCUUCCUGCGGCUCGUGGAUGCAUUUAAAGGGGCCAUGCUGCACACAUUUGGAGGUUAUAACAAUAGUAAAGGCGUCACCCUUGAAGCUUCCUUCACUCCAGAUUCUCAGUUCAUAAUGAUUGGGUCAGAAGAUGGAAAAAUCCAUGUGUGGAAUGGAGAGAGUGGCAUGAAGGUAGCGGUGCUGGAUGGUAAACACACAGGACCUAUCACCUGCCUGCAGUUCAACCCCAAAUUCAUGACCUUCGCCAGUGCAUGUUCGAACAUGGCUUUUUGGCUGCCAACCAUUGACGACUGAGUCUAGCUUCUGUUUACAAUCGAUAACUGGGAUUUCUUAGAUGAAACAACAAGCAUGACUUUCCCUGUGCUCUCCAGUGUUACCCCUCUUCUCUUGGUUGGAUUUGUUGCUUCUGCUUGUGUAGUGGAGGAUUCUGGUGUCUUCACCUCACUUCAUUCAAAUGGAGGAUAUUUUCUGUUUAUCCCUGUGCUGAUAUUUUUAAAGUCCAUUAUUUUUGAUGGGUAUGUAUAUAUAUGGACAUACUGACCCAGCACUCUGCAGUCACUUGUGUUUUAUUCUUUAUAUUUUGAGUCUCCCUGGGUCCUACACACAGUAUAAAGACUUCAUGUACAAUACAAUCUGUAUUUCCAUAACUGAUGGGGCUUGGUGGGUUAUUUUGCAUAAGCUCUAGGGUGAUCUCGGUCUAGGCUGUUGCAAUUUUUUAUCUUGUGUGUAAUGAGAGGUUUGCGCUGAACUAUGAAAUGAAGCUGCGUCUUGCUGUUUACACCAGUAUUUCCACUGCAAUGACAGGUUCGUGUAUAAUAUCCAUGUAUGGAUUGGAACCGUGCAGUUAUCUAUAGCAGCAGAUCAUCAAUGCUUCCUAAAACUAUUUCUUGCUUUGGUUUUAUACUAGGUGUAUCAUUUCUUGUGUGUGUACAUCCUCAAAAUUCACCAUAUGCCAUUAUUGCUGUUGCCUUGAAUGAGAAUUGGGAAUGCAGCUUUGGAUAUUGCUGGGGUAUAAAAAAUGAUGUAAAGUGAAGGAUUUAUUUCAUAGCAGUGUCAGUGUGGGAACAUGUGAAAGGGUUGUAGGCUGUUUGUGCUACAUCUACCUCUACACACACCCUGUUAUUGCGUACAAAAUAAAUAAGAACUUAGCUGGAUGGGGAGUGUAGAAGUAUUUGAAUAUUUCUUCCCCUAAAGCAAAGUUCCUCAGGGUUGUAUAGAGAUGUAUCAAAGGUUCUUUUUCUUCAUUUUGUCUGGAUGUCAAGUUUAGCCUGAGACACUUAUGAAUUUCAUGUUUAUUUUUUUUAAAUCUAAUUAUUAUUGUCAGGACUUUGUGCUCCCCCCCCCCCCCCUUCUUUGGGCUUGUUCACGUUGCUGCCAUGUUCAGCUAAAGGGAGCUUAGUCUCUCUGUUCAUAGGGAGGACAGGAGUUGAACGUAGUAAAAAAAAAAAAAAAAUAAUACUGUAUGUUCUAUUACUCUACUCAACUGUUGUAAAAUACUGGACACCCUACGGACCCCAUUCAAGUCCAUGGGACUCUUCAGGCCCUGGUGAUCUCAGUUUGGCUCUGACUUGUUUAAGGUUUGUUCAGUGCUUAAAAAAAAAAAAGAAAAAAAACACAAAACAAAGGUGCAAAACAGCAGUGUGAAGCUAGCCUCAGUUUGCUAAAACAUACAAAUUUACACCUGAGAUAGUAUUACAUAUGUAUUGUUUCUGAUGAACCAGUACCCGGCCAACAAAAAAAUAAAAGGUGCAACAGUGGGACUGAUCAGAGAAAAAGCAAUUCUGAAGCUUAUAACCAUGUGGGAGCAUUAGCUAAAAGGUGGCUUACAGAAGUCAAACAUAUGGAUGAUUGACAGCACUGGAAGUAUGAAAUGUAAUAUAGUGAUCCGGGAGAGAUUUGUCACUAAGCCAUUAUAAAACAUUGCAGCCAGACAGUUUGUGAUAGGGCGAAAAUAGUCAAACAGUUGCAGUAGAUUACAUCAAGCUACACAGCCAGUAAAGAAGAGCUAGGCUGUAGGUAUAUAGUUUUUUAAGGUUGUUGUCACACAGUAAAUUUUUUAGCCGUUCCUUUCAAGCUCACUUUUGGUGGGGAAAUUUUUUUUUCCCCAAAAACGUGACACUAGCCUUACUGAUGAACAUUGCAGACAAUGGGAUAUUCCAUGCGUUGUAGAUAAGUUUGUAAAGCCCAGAUGUAUCUUAGCAUCAUAUUUCAGUAUUGGAACAGCUUGUACCAGCUCAAAGGGUCCACUAAAAUUCAGAGACAGGUUCUAUACAAGGCAGCUGCUUCCUACAUGUAUUCAUACACGUGCAGACAAUGACAUUGAGGUUUCUGCAGAAAAGUGUUCACUGGCAUUCCUUGUGCAUAUAUAUAUAUUUUUACAAAAAUAAAACAAUGGUUACAUAUUGUAUUAAUGUGUCCUGGAUGUGGUUACAUGAGAGGUGAAUGUGAUCAAGCUUGGUGUGUCUUAGGUUACUAGUUCCAUUACUCCCCUGGCAGUAGCACAACAUAUUGGAGAACUUCUUCACCCACCAAAUGCCACCUCCGUUUUCUUCUGUCCUACAUAAAGUAAUGGAGGUGGUGCUCUAUAGUAUCUUAUAUCUAUAUGUGUUUAUUGUAGGCUUGCAGUAAGAAGCUCCCUCUUUUUGCUUAAAGGAAAUCUUUCAUCACUUACAUGCAGCCUGAACCACAAGUUAUCAAGGUGGUUUCUAGUGGCUUUUCCCCUGGCCCAACAUAUGCCCAAACAAGGAGAGAUCUACAGUGCCUUGCAUCAUUAUUGGAAUUUUCUACAAUUUGCCAUGGCAUAACCACAGG